AUGAACAUUUUGUUCAUGUCACUUCUAGCAGUACUAGCUGCAACUCGUGUUUAUGUUACUGAGUUCAACACACGUCCUAUAGUGAUAAUAGCUUUUUGUUCAGCUGCAUCACUUGCAUACUACUUCCUCAUGUGCAGACCCAGCAAAGUUUACUUGGUGGACUUUGCGUGCUUCAAACCGAGCCUCAAUUGUCUUUGCUCCAAAGAACUGCUUCUGGAGAGAGCCAAGGGUCUUGGCUUUCUCACAGAAGAGAAUUUCAAGCUUGUGAAUAAGAUUUUAGAUAGGUCCGGUUUGGGACCAUGGACCUAUGUCCCUGAAGCAAUGUUGGAGAUUCCACCGAAGUUAAAUUUGGAGGAGGCGAGGAAGGAAACGGAUACAGUGCUUUUUGGUGCUGUUGAAGAGCUCCUGGAGAAAACAGGUGUUGAAGCUAAGGAUAUAGGGAUUCUUGUGGUGAAUUGUUGCUUGUAUGCUCCCACGCCAUCGCUAUCAGAUAGAAUUGUGAAUCACUACAAGCUCAGAGGGAAUGUACUGGCCUAUAAUUUGAGUGGCAUGGGAUGCAGUGCUGGGGUUCUUGCUGUAGACUUUGCUAAACAGCUCCUACAGGCACACCCAAACUCAUAUGCCUUAGUGCUGAGCACGGAAAAUCAAAUCUCAAGUCUAUACCGCGGCAACAACCCUUCAAUGCUACUUGUUAACUGCCUCUUCCGCAUGGGUGGAUCUGCCGCACUUCUGUCAAGCCAUCCUUCCGAUCGUUACCGCUCGAAGUACCAGCUCAUCCACACACUCCGCACUCACGUUGGUGCCGAUGAAAACAGCUACAAAUGUGUCAUUCAAGAAGAGGAUAGUGAACAAAAAGUCGGUGUUUCACUCUCCAAAGACCUCAUGAAUGUUGCAAGGGACGCUCUCAAGGUGCACAUUACAUCGCUCGGGCCGUUAGUCCUCCCCGUGUCGGAGAAACUCAAGUUCGUGGUGAAUCUCAUCGAGAGAAAGCUCUUCAAGAAGAAGGUUGAAGCUUACAUGCCCAAUUUCAAGCUCGCGUUCAACCACUUCUGCAUGCACACGGGAGGCAGGGCGGUUCUCGAUAGGAUGCAGAAGAGUCUGGAGCUUGAUGAUUGGUACAUGGAGCCUUCGAGAAUGACGCUUUACCGGUUCGGGAACACUUCUUCUAGCUCUGUGUGGUAUGAGUUGUCUUACUGUGAGGCUAAGGGGAGAAUUAAGAAGGGUGAUAAGAUAUGGCAAAUGGCGUUUGGAUCUGGAUUCAAGUGUAACACUGCUGUGUGGCUUGCAUUGAACAAUAUUGAACCGGCAUCGAAGAAAAAUCCAUGGAGGGAUGAGAUUGAUGAUUUUCCUAUUAAAGCUAAUCCGACCGUGGAGAGUACAAAAUAA